AGUGCAACAAGUAUGUUGCCCAAACAUGAGCCCAUGUUCAUAUCCCGCUCUGAGACAUUUAAAUUUGUUGCUGGUGAUACCAUCGUUUUGCCGUGUGAAGUUGCCAAUACAGAUCCCUAUGUUGUCGCCUGGAAACGUGGCAUUGCGAUAUUAACAGCUGGCUCUGUUAAAGUUACCCCAGAUCCUCGAGUGCGUUUGGUGAAUGGUUUUAAUUUGCAAAUACGUGAUGCUGUGCCACAGGAUGCGGGUGAUUAUAUUUGUCAAAUAGCAACAAUGGAACCACGUGAAAUUACUCACACUGUUGAAAUAUUGGUACCACCAAGGAUUCAUCAUAUGAGCAGCAGCGGUCAUUUGCAAGUUAAAAAAGGUUCUUCGGUUCGCAUAGAAUGUUCAGCCUCUGGUAAUCCUACACCAAACGUUACAUGGAGCCGUAAAAAUAAUAUUUUGCCCAAUGGCGAGGAAAAACUCCAUUCGCAUAUAUUGUCAAUUGAAAAUGUGGAUCGCCACAAGGGUGGAGUUUACAUUUGUACAGCUAAUAAUGGUGUGGGUCAACCGGCCUCCAGUCAAGUGAUUUUACAUGUUUUAUAUCCUCCAGAAAUCAAUGUGGAACGUCCAGUGGUCUUCUCUGGGGAAGGUCAUGAGGCAAUGCUUGUGUGUAUUGUGCAUGGAGAAACACAGCCUGAGGUCAUUUGGUUUAAGGACACCAUGCAAUUGGAUACCACCGAGCGUCACAUUAUGGAGAAUCGUGGCUCACGUCAUACGCUGAUUAUACGUAAAGUGCAUCCACAAGAUUUCGGUAAUUAUUCGUGUGUUGCUGAAAAUCAACUUGGCAAGUCACGUAAAACUUUACAGCUGAGCGGUAAACCAAAUGUGGCUGUUUUCAAUUCGCCACCAAUCAGUCAGUAUAAGGACCGAUACAACAUUUCUUGGACAGUGGAAUCUCAUGCACCCAUUGAAGAGUACAAAUUAUCCUUCCGAAGGUUGCAACAAGGACAAGAGGUCGAUAACUCCAUUGAUUCGCAUGGCUCCUCUUCAUCGUCCUCAUCGUCGUCGUCAUUGCAAAUGUACGGUGGCGGAAUUAUUGGUAGCAGUGACAGCAUACACAAUUACCGUUUGGGUGGCAUUAGCGGCAGCAGCAGUUUGGGCAGUAUGGGCGGCGGCGGCAUGGGCAUUGGCGGUGGUUAUGGCAGCUACGGUGCCGGCAAUGUAAUACAUUGGGGUCGCAAUGAUUGGCGUGAUGUCGUCCUGCCCGCCAUACCCAUAUCACAUCACUACACCCAAGGGAUGAGCUAUAUGAUACGCGGUUUAGAUCCAGAUCAACAUUACGAAGCUACAGUUCAAGCGAGAAAUCGUUAUGGCUGGAGUGAAUAUUCCCAAAGUUUUGUAUUUUCAACGUCAUCAAAUGAUAAUGAAAUGCGCGAUUUGAGUGUAACUUUCUAUGGCAGUGCAUCCUCACGUAAAAUGAUUGAUGACAUCUGUUUAAUUCCGGUCAUAUUACUUGUGGCAUGUAUGCGAUUUUUGGCGCCCAACUAA